AUGGUGAAAGUGUUCAUCGCCAAACACACCACUCCAGACAGCUGCUGGGUCGUCCUUCACGGCAAUGUCUACGACGUGACCGACUUCCUACGGGAGCACCCCGGUGGGUCGCGAAUCAUUCUCCAGCUCGCCGGGCGCGAUGCCACCGCCGAGUACGACCCGAUCCAUCCGCCAGGGACGCUGGAAGAGAACCUCAAGCCGGAGGCCAAGUUGGGGGUGGUGGACCCAGAGAGCCUAAAGAAGCUCCAGCGGCAGGCCGCCCAGGGCAAGCCGCAAGAGGACGAGCAGAAAGCCGCUCCACCGCCCCUCGACACGCUCCUCAACCUGGACGAGAUCGAAGCGGCCGCGACGAAGCAGGUGUCCAAGAAGUGCUGGGCCUACUACUUCUCCGCCGCCGAUGACCUGUACUCCAAGACGCUCAACAACCUCGCCUAUCGCAACAUCCUCCUGCGCCCGCGCGUCUUCGUCGACGUCACGAGCGCCGACACGAGCACCACCCUGCUGGGCCACCGCGUCUCCACACCGCUCUACGUCUCACCCGCCGCCAUGGCUCGCCUGGCCCACCCGGACGGCGAGGCCGGCAUCGCCCGGGGCAUCUCGCGCUUCGGCGCCAUGCAGCUCGUCUCGCACAACGCGUCCAUGACGCCCGAGCAGAUCGUCGCCAACGCCGCGCCGGGCCAGAUCUUUGGCUGGCAGCUGUACGUCCAGACCAACCGGGCCAAGAGCGAGGCCAUGCUGGCGCGCAUCGCCAAGAUGCCCGAGCACUACAAGUGCAUCGUGCUGACGCUCGAUGCCCCCGUACCGAGCAAGCGCGAGCACGACGAGCGCGCGGGGAUCGAGGCCCGUCUGCUCCUCGAGUCGUCCAAGCCGCCCGAGCCGUCGUCGUCGUCGGCGGGGGCGGGCGGUAGCAGCAGCGGUGGCGGCGCGGACAAGACGAACAAGGACAACAACAAGAAGCCGGAUAGCAACAGCGGGGUAGGCCAGCAGCUGUUCUUCGGCACGGCGGCCGACCUGACGUGGGAGACGACGCUGCCGUGGCUGGCCAAGCACACGAGCCUGCCCAUCGUGCUCAAGGGCAUCCAGACGCACGAGGACGCCUACCUGGCGGCGCGGUACGCGCGCGAGCACCCGGGCACCGUCCGGGCCAUCAUCCUGUCCAACCACGGCGGCCGGUCGCUCGACACCGCGCCGCCGGCGGUGCACACCCUGCUCGAGAUCAGGAAGUACUGCCCCGAGGUCUUCGACACGAUCGAGGUCUGGGUCGACGGCGGCGUCCGGCGCGGCACCGACGUGGUCAAGGCGCUCUGCCUGGGUGCCAAGGCGGUGGGAGUCGGGAGAGCCGCGCUCUGGGGGCUGGGCGCCGGCGGGUGGAAGGGUGUUGAGCGGACGUUUGAGAUCCUGCAAGGAGAGAUCGUGACGUGUAUGAAGAUGAUGGGUGCCAGGAACCUGUCGGAACUGGGCCCGCGCUUCAUCAACACCCGCAUGGUGGAGCGGGAUAUUUUCGACGGCGAUGCUGGCCUGGACCGGUCAGGAUUGUGGACACCUUCCCGCGCCAAGCUUUGAGCCCAAUCCAAGCUGUGGCUGCCAAGCAUGCGGGGAGCGACGACCUCUUUUGUCUUCAUGUCAGAUCCCUACACUACGAGCACGAACCUCGGCGGCUUGCUUCUUUGACAUGUGGGAAAAAAGGUGGAGCGGCCAAUGCCAAGGGUGGGAAUGGGGCGCACAGUGGUGCGCUGGCGGAACCCAAUGACCUUCUUACCCCAGACCUCUUUUUUUCUCUGGGGUCGUCGAGCUUUGGUUUCAGAUUGUCCGAUUCAAAGACCGUUCAGUUCGCCCUAUACUACUAGUAAACAGCGGGGCCGUGGAGGGUUAUUCGGGUAGCGUUCUGUAUGCUGGGGUAGAUACAGUUGCAUGUAAAUUAUGGAGGUGCACCAGCGUUAUGAUCAUCUUCACCCCCCUCCGCGAUACGGAUACGGCAGUUGGUCGGCGAUUAGCUAAGAGUGACCCCUGACGAAAAGCCUUCGGAAGCCGCAC